CAAAAUUCAAAUAUCCAGAUGUAUGUAUUUGACGUAACGAAACAUGUGGUGGCUUUAAAUUACACUCCUAUCGAGAAUUAAAUAAUUCGGAAUUGAAAUAACACAUCAUUAUGGACCCCAUGCUCUUGGAGGAGUAUAAAUAUGGACAAACGCCCAGGAGUAUUGUUAACAUUUUGGAGUUUUUUGACCGAAAUAAAUUGGCACCUGAUAAAAACGAUAUAAUUGUUGGAUUUCUCUAUAUAUUAAUGCUAGAAUGUGGAUUUGUCGAAAUGAACUGUACGGAAAUAAUCGAGGAUUACAAUUUUAACUACAAGAGACUGCUACAACAUUCUAAAACACUUCCUGAAGCUUGGAAGAAAGAUAGUAGUUAUCAGUUGAAUUUUAUUUUGAAAUCAAAUCCUUAUCUGGUGUGUAGACUCACUUGCAUGUCGGUGUCAGAUGAUCUUUUGAUUAAUUGUACAAUAAAAGAUGUAGGCAAUUUUAGCUUUCUUGUAGAUCCUUUAAUGUAUUUCAUAACGUCAAAAGUACAAUUCAAAGAUUUUUUAUUUCAAAAUUUGGACCACUUGUCUCGUAGUUUUAAAGACUCGGUGGCUUUUCCUGCAAAAGUCGCUGUCAUUGAGACAACUGGAGGAAUAUGCAUUUGUUUGCAACAUUUGCCAUAUGAAAUUCUAAUUAGAAUUAUGUCUUAUUUGAAAAUUUCUGAUGUAUUGGCUUUAGCUAAAACGAGUAUAAGUUUAUGUCAAAAAUCACAAGAUUCUGCAUUAUGGGUUAAACUCCUUGACUGUGAUUUUAAAAAGAAGAAUAUUGUUAAAACCUACGAAGAAUUAAAGUUCUUGUAUGAAAUUAAGUACGCUAGAGAAUUAAGUAAAAUUAUGGUUCAGGGACCUAUUGACUUAAAUACGAGUAAUUUAUAAUUUUUUGUGUAAUCAUUCUGUUAUCAAAAUAUAUGUUAAUAAUG